UAAAAUUGUGUUCACGUUGUAUUAAAAUGUACAUUUGUUAAUAACUUGCUGUUUUGGUACGCUGAUUAUUAUUACUGUAGUUGACUAGCCUUAGACCUGUCUUUAUUAAUUAUUUAAGAAUAAUGUGAGUAAGAAAGAAUAGAAGCGCAUUUACUUAUUUAAUGUGAACAAUAUUCGCCGUUGAGCUGUGGAAAUUGUGAAGGAAAGUUUGACUGAACCAACUAAUUGCCUGGACUCGAUUCAGUUUGACCUACUUACUCCAGUGCACAUACAACGAUGGGCUUAGCAUCGUUCAAUAAAGCCAAAGUGACCGCCGCCCGAAAAUAAAGAGAUGAUCUGAACAUUAGUAGCCCGUGGACACGGGAAUUAAAAAAUAAUAAAAUUAUGGCAGGUGCAUUGCUCAUACCAGCCCGAAUAGCUAUAUCAGCCCCUGAGACAUGAACGUGACUACAGCCUUAUAUGUCACAGACACUCUGUAGCCCACUUGCGGCUAGAGCCGUUUCAGAGUGAAAAAGUGAAAAUUUGCAGGGAGCCCUACAGGCGUGAUCACCUGGAGGGCAGAAAUAGGUCACUGUGCUGCGGGAGAGACGUGAUUAGGUUUUUCUCUCCAACCCCAUUUCUUUGCAGCUGGCUGCACAUAUAUAAAAUACAAGGUAGCCAGCGUGUUGUCUUACAGAGCUUCGUGCGAACGAUGACUACCACUGUCAUCAACACCACUAACAACAACAAUCAUCAGAGUGAACCAGGUUUUCCAUUUAUUGGCGCUCAUUUCGCACAUCUGGGGGCAAUUCAUGGAGGCUAGUGCAGCAGUCUAUGCAUCCCCAAACCAGACCCACGCCUCCACCCUGCAGGUAGAGCAGCGUUCUCCACCCUAGGGGCAUACCUCCACCCUUCUGGUAGGGGCGGUACGCUGACACCGUUUACCUCCUGAGCGUGCGAGCGUCAGCCUCCUCCCCUCCUCACGCCGACCCCCCCUCCGCCCCCCCCCCUGGAUCCGCGGCGUGUCGGCGGCUAUGGUAAGGCCAUGCGGGCCGGCCGGGGGAGUGGCUGCCGUGACCGUGGCGACGGGGGGCGGGGCCUGCUGCUGUUGCUAUGGCUGUGUAACGGGGCGUGGGCCCAGUGCCCCGAGCGCUGCCACUGCAGCUGGGAGAGCGGCGAGGUGCAGUGCACGGACGCCGGGCUCCGGGACGUCCCGCGGGGGCUGCCCGCCGACACCGUCUCCCUCCACCUGGAGCGCAACCUCAUCCGCAACAUCCCGGAGGGCGCCUUCCGGGACCUGCCGCACCUGCGGGACCUGCACCUGGCGCACAACCGCAUCGAGUCGCUCUCCUCGGGGGCGCUCCGCCACCUGAGCGCCGAGCUGCGCCUGCUGGACCUCUCGCACAACCGCCUGCGGCGCGCCAGCCGCGAGGACUUCGGCCCCACGCGCGCCAAGACCCGCCUCUUCCGCAACCCCUGGCACUGCGACUGCGCCCUGCAGGAGCUGGUGGAGGCGCUCAACCUGGAGCCCGAGACCGUCAACGACAUCGUGUGCGAGAGCUCGGCGCGGGGCCUGGGCGAGGGCGGGCGCUGGGAGGAGGUGGGCGGGCCCGGCGGCGGGGGCGGGGCCGGGGAGCACGCCGGCCAGCCGCUGGUCAAGCUGCUGGACUCCGGGGUGAACUUCUGCAGCAUGCAGCGGAAGACCACGGACGUGGCCAUGCUGGUGACCAUGUUCGUCUGGUUCUUCAUGGUCAUCGUCUACGUGGUCUACUACGUGCGGCAGAACCAGGCCGAGGCCCGUCGCCACCUGGAGUACCUGAAGAGCCUGCCCAGCCCGCGCAAGACCCCCACGGAGACGGACACGCUCAGCACGGGCUUCUGAGCCGCCCCAGGCAGCCCGGCGUCUCCCAGCCUCCCCUCCUUCGGGCUGCUCGAACUGCCGGACCCGUCAAAACACGUUUCCGGAACAUUCUGGACAGAUUGCCGUUAGGUUCCCCAUGUAGACUGUGGGAUGAAUGGUCAUGACCGGAACAUUUCCCCAAACCGUUCUUGGAACAUUUUUAUUAACAGGUUCUGCCGCGGAGCAGAAAGUUGUUUUUUUUUAAUUUAAUUUUUAAAAAUAAAAUUUCAAGAGAUAUCCAGGAAACUAAACAAAAGCUAAUUUGUGGAAUGUUUCCCCAUGAAACCUCUCGGAAUGUUUUUGGGAACAAGAAACUUGCACUCAACUCUUGAUCACAAGAUUGCCGUGUAUGUAGCGAGUGACAGAUUCUAAAUCGCAUCUGUACUGACGGCAGUCACGAGGACAAUGUGAAUGACCCAGACUGUGACCCGGUGGCACCCUGAUGGUGUAAAUCCUCACCCAGAAUCCUCUCUGUACCCGGAAUUUACAUACACGCACCCUGAGCAGGACCAGAGAGGAGACGGGCUUCGUUUUUGGACCCGCAAGCCUUCCAAGCACCAUAACAAACACACUGAGCACAAGUCCACUCAAGCAAUCAAUACGAAUGUGAUUGCGCUGAUUUACACAUUUGUUAUUGUAACCCAGGAAAUGUGUUUCUCUCGAAUCGAGUUCAGCCACCAAUCGUCUCUAAAUAGAACGAGCAGUAGUCUGACGCGCCCCAGUGCUGAGUGGGCACCUUGAAGUAUACUGCAGUCUCGGGGACAGAGAUAUUAAUACCAGAUUUAGAACUGACUCAAUAAUUAAAUCCCCUGUCUUUUCAAAAUGACGUUAAUGAUCUCUUUUUUAUUUUUUUUCGGGAUGCCUGUCCGUCGAUCUCUAUUAAUGUUUUUGUGUUGCAUUUCAUGAAUCGGUUCUAAAAACUGGCAGUUAAGGACUGUGGGCAUUUUUAUAGCUGUUUAAAUGUUAAUUUGCCCUGCAGUCUGUCUUACUGCCGUGAGCUCAAACACCCAGAAUGCCCUUUGCUAUAAAAAGAUGGUGGUGUGAAAUGAAUGUACAUUCUGAACGGUGUGUUGCUGUCGCCCAGAGCUGAGUUUGGUUAUGUACACAGGGUGUGUUCGGUUAUGUUUAUGUACACAGGGUGCGUUUGGUUAUGUUUAUGUACACAGGGUGUGUUUGGUUAUGUUUAUGUUCGCAGGGUGUGUUUGGUUAUGUAUGCAGGGUGUGUUUGGUUAUGUAUGCAGGGUGUGUUUGGUUAUGUACACAGGGUGUGUUUGGUUAUGUAUUCAGGGUGUGUUUGGUUAUGUAUGCAGGGUGUGUUUGGUUAUGUACGCAGGGUGUGUUUGGUUAUGUUUAUGUUCACAGGGUGUGUUUGGUUAUGUAUGCAGGGUGUGUUUGGUUAUGUUUAUGUACACAGGGUGUGUUCGGUUAUGUUUAUGUACACAGGGUGCGUUUGGUUAUGUUUAUGUACACAGGGUGUGUUUGGUUAUGUUUAUGUUCGCAAGGUGUGUUUGGUUAUGUUUAUGUACACAGGGUGCGUUUGGUUAUGUUUAUGUACACAGGGUGUGUUUGGUUAUGUUUAUGUUCGCAAGGUGUGUUUGGUUAUGUACGCAGGGUGUGUUUGGUUAUGUAUGUGGGGUGUGUUUGGUUAUGUACACAGGGUGUGUUUGGUUAUGUAUUCAGGGUGUGUUUGGUUAUGUAUGCAGGGUGUGUUUGGUUAUGUACACAGGGUGUGUUUGGUUAUGUAUUCAGGGUGUGUUUGGUUAUGUACGCAGGGUGUGUUUGGUUAUUUUUAUCUACGCAGGGUGCGUUUGGCUAUUUUUAUCUACACAGGGUGUGUUUGGUUAUGUUCGCAGUGUGCGUUUGGAAAUGUACGCAGGGUGACAUAUUGUACGCACAGCAAGCACUUCUGCCAUUUCCAGUGAUGAUAUUCGCACUCCAAAUUUAGUUCCUACUUAACAAGUGAUUGUAUCCAGGCAGAUUUACAUGUACUCCAAUUACUCCCAAAGAUGGUUGCCGCUCCAGCACUGAUGUCAAACGCGUUGUAAACAUUACACAUCAUGUCUAAGUAAAAUAAUUGGAGAAAUUAAUGAAAUUAAUGAAUGUUAAAUCACGUUAGCUGUGUGUCCUGUUAGCCAGUGGAGUCUGUACAUGUGCUAGGAGAGGGUAACUGUGAAUGUAGUGUUAAACGUUUCUCCGCAUUACGUCUGUCUCCUUGUCGUGGUGAAGAGUACAUUUUAGGAAACAUGGCAGAAUCGCCGUGUGUACCCUCCCGGCCUCCCCUUGACGGGACCUUGUCGUGUUUUCUGUACGUGUCCGGGUCCGAGCGGCUCCGAAGCAGCGAACGUAGCAUUAUUAUACGGCAGCGAUAGCGCUGAGCAGAACACCAGCUUUCUACCCCGGCUAAUUCUGGCCGGAUGCAGCCGGGCCGCUCAGCUGCGAAACGGCGCGGUUAGCGCCCGAUGCUACAUUAAGGUGUCUCAUUUCCUCGUGGACGCCCGCGAACGCUCGGGGGGCUGAUUGGGCGUUUGUCAGGCCUGCAGGGGGCGGCUGUGCAAUCUCCCUGGAAGACGGGCGCGGCCCGGCGGAUUAUUCAGCCUGAAAAUGGGCUGUUUUCCCCCCAGAGCGUCCCUCUGCAGGUCUUUCCUGUUGCAGCUAAAUGUCACCGUUCGUUUGCAUCCCCUAGCCAAGAUGUACCUUGUUGGGUUUUGUCCAGAUCACAAACUCAUUUUUUUUUGUUUUGGAGAUCCAAAAAAAAAAAAAAAAAAAA